AUGAGAUCCCAGCUAAGAAUACCGCAGCACACUUUAUUUUUAUACUUGUCCCAUAAGCACAGCGCAAUGUUUUUUAACAGACGUAUAAACAUCGGCUUUGCUCUGGUUAUCGCGUCGAUUUUAGCAAUAAGCACAGUUUUGAACUCCAGUUAUUGUCCUUCAUAUGAAGUUGGCAACAUCAGCGUGGCUAGGAGUACGAUUGAGGCCAUAGUGGAGUGUGAAGAUGUCGAACUCGAGAAGAAAGUGAAGCAAAGAGGCCAAUUCUUAGUUUUCGAAAAUUACGUAUUGGCGGAAACUAGGUUUAAGUGUGGGGAUAGCAUUACGCUGACAUCCCCUGGGGAUUACAGGUUUCUGGAUAACGUUGUGCCUUUGGUGGAGAGAUGGGAGGGACCCAUUAGUGUCGCGUUGUACGCGCCUGGGUCCGAUUUCUUUACAACCCUCCAGUGUAUAGCGUACCUAAGGACUUGUACCACACCACUUGUACGCGAAUUUGUGACGUUUCAUUUGUUUUUUGAGUUCGAGCACAUGCCAGAGAAGGAAAACUCAUCACUAGUCGAUAUCUACGAAGACACUUUCGACUGCAACUUGAAACCUCCGUACGAAGUACUAAAAGACAAUGACAUGUACAAAGAAAAAAACAACCUUACCUACCCCAUAAAUACUGCUAGGAACAUAGCAAGAACAGCGGCACAAACUCAUUUCGUCUUCCCUUCGGACAUAGAACUCUACCCCACCAGAAACUUCAUCCCAAUGUUUCUAGCUUUCAUCAGACAGCACCCGGAAUACGCGCAAAAAGACGCAAAGAAUGUGUUCGUGCUGCCUAUUUUUGAGGUGCGGGCAGGUUCGAAGGUGCCAGAAAAUAAGACACAUUUACAUGAGAUGUUUGAGGAGAAAAAUGCCAUUGCGUUUCACCAAGGCGUCUGUACUCCGUGUCAUAAAAUUCCUGGACAGGGCGAGUGGUUAAAUGCGGAAGAAUCUUCAGAUUUAAAUGUGUUUAACGUGACGAAGAGACAAGGGCCACAUAACAUUUGGGAACCUUUCUUCGUCUGUACCCACAGGGAGCCACUAUGGGAUGAACGACUAAACUGGGAGGGGCAGGGAAACAAAAUGUCUCAGGUCUACGCCCUGUGUAUACAUGAUUACGAUUUUAUGGUUCUGGACAAUGCCUUCCUGAUCCACAAACCAGGAGUUAAAAAGAAAAAAGUUCAAGUGAUGAAGCAUAUGAGUGAGGUCGUGAAGAACGAUAACAUUCUACGAAAAAUCCAGAAAGAAAUGCAAAACAUUUUCGGGCCAAAUAAAAAGUGCAAGAUACACAAUGUCUUUUAAAAAUAGUAUUAACAUGGGAUGUAUUUAUUGAAAUAGUUCCUGUGAUGACAACUCGAGUUUUCGAGAUUCAAAAACUGUGAUAUUACAUAAGUUACCUAAAUAUUUAUUGUAAUAUUUAUAUUUUUAAGGGAUUACGGAUUUAAAUCCUAAAAUUGGGGAGAAGUUAUGUUUAAUGAUAUAUGUAUUUGUACUAGGUUUAAUAUAACA